AUGAUAUAUUUUAAAGGAUCAAAUGGUGAUUUAAGGAAAUUCCCUUUAGAUUCUAAUAAUACUACCAUCAAAAGUUACUCCACAUAUUUACAUAUAAAUAAAGGAGAAACAGAUAAAAAGAAGAGCAAUAUGUUUCAUGUUUGCUCAAAAUUUUUUACUGUGUUAUUUCUUGAACUUUUAUGUUUUCUUUUAGGAUAUUUAUUCAAAGAGGAAAACCUACAAAAUUUUGUACCAAAGUUCAACAAAGAUCACUUAAGGGUUCUAGGAGAGAAAGAAUCAGAGGAUGUAGAUAAACUUAUACACUUGGACGAACCAUAUAAAAAAUUUGAAAAAAGUUUUAAUAAACAUAUAGAUUUAUUAAUAAAUCAUACGUCUACAUCUUGGGAAGAUAUGUGUUAUUUUAGAAAUGUAAGAAUUUCCUCAUAUGGAAAAAUGUGGGAAAAAGAAAAAUUCGAGCAUUGGGUUAAUAAAACGUAUAAGAAUGCAACAGAUUUUUAUGGUAAAAUUUCUGAAGAGUAUAAGAUAUUUAAAAAAAGCCAUCCUACUGAUAAAGAACUCUCUACCUUUUUCAAGAAGAAAAAAAAAGAGUUAUACAAAUUUGAAGGAAAAGAACAUGAACGUUUUUUGGAAUAUAUGCAAAUAUGUAUAGAAGAGUGGAUUCACAUAGAAAGAACACAUAAUCCUAAGACUUUUUCUUCAUGCAGUUUAUUUAAAAAAAAAGGAAAUUAUCAAUUGUUAAUAAAUGAACAAGAUAAAUAA